GCGGGCGCAGCCGUGCACCCCCACCCAGCCUGGGGCGCUGCGCAGGGAGAGGCAGGGCGUUCGCAGCGCCCGGCCCGCGCCCCACUCCCGCCGCCGACGGAAGGCGGCAGCGCCUGCGCCCGCGGCCCCCCAGCCGGUGCGCGGGAGUCGCCGGCAGCCGCAUCCCCGCUCUCUCUCUGCGCUCAGGAAAAGCCCAGCCGGGAGGCGCCUGCAGCCCGCCCUCCAAGAUGAAGAAGCUCCAGGGAGCUCACCUCCGCAAGCCCAUCACCCCAGACCUGCUGACCCCCAGUGACCAGGGCGACGUCGACCUGGACGUGGACUUCGCCGCAGACCGGGGCAACUGGACGGGCAAGCUGGACUUCCUGCUGUCCUGCAUCGGCUACUGCGUGGGCCUGGGCAAUGUCUGGCGUUUCCCGUACCGGGCCUACACCAACGGAGGAGGCGCCUUCCUCGUGCCCUACUUCUUCAUGCUGGCCGUCUGCGGGAUCCCCCUCUUCUUCCUCGAGCUCUCCCUGGGCCAGUUCUCCAGCCUGGGGCCGCUGGCCGUCUGGAAGAUCAGCCCCCUCUUCAAAGGCGCCGGCGCGGCCAUGCUGCUCAUCGUGGGGCUGGUGGCCGUCUACUACAACAUGAUCAUCGCCUACGUGCUCUUCUACCUCCUGGCCUCCCUCGCCAGCAGCCUGCCCUGGGAGCACUGCGGCAACUGGUGGAACACGGCCCUCUGCCGGGAGCACCGCGGCUCCAAGGAUGGCAACGGGGCCCUGGCCCUCAACCUCAGCAUCACCGUGAGCCCCAGCGAGGAGUACUGGAGCCGCUACGUCCUCCACAUCCAAGGCAGCCGGGGCAUCGGCAGCCCGGGGCAGAUCCGCUGGAACCUCUGCCUCUGCCUGCUGCUCGCCUGGGUCAUCGUGUUUCUCUGUAUCCUCAAGGGCGUGAAGUCCUCGGGAAAGGUGGUGUAUUUCACGGCCACGUUCCCCUACCUCAUCCUGCUCAUGCUGCUGGUCCGCGGAGUCACGCUCCCGGGGGCCUGGAAGGGCAUCCAGUUCUAUCUCACGCCCCAGUUCCACCACCUGUUGGCCUCCAAGGUGUGGGUAGAAGCCGCUCUUCAGAUCUUCUACUCCCUGGGCGUGGGCUUCGGGGGGCUCCUCACCUUUGCCUCCUACAACACAUUCCACCAGAACAUCUACAGGGACACCUUCAUCGUCACUCUGGGCAACGCCGUCACCAGCAUCCUGGCCGGUUUUGCCAUCUUCUCCGUGCUGGGCUACAUGUCUCAGGAGCUGGGGGUGCCCGUGGACCAAGUGGCCAAAGCAGGCCCCGGCCUGGCCUUCGUCGUCUACCCACAGGCCAUGACCAUGCUGCCCCUCUCGCCCUUCUGGUCCUUUCUCUUCUUCUUCAUGCUGCUCACGCUCGGCCUGGACAGCCAGUUUGCCUUCCUGGAGACCAUCGUGACGGCGGUGACGGAUGAGUUCCCGUACUACCUGCGGCCCAAGAAGGCUGUGUUCUCGGGGCUCGUCUGCGUGGCCAUGUACCUGAUGGGGCUGGUGCUCACCACCGACGGGGGCAUGUACUGGCUGGUGCUCCUGGACGACUACAGCGCCAGCUUCGGGCUGAUGGUGGUGGUGGUCACCACGUGCCUGGCGGUCACGCGGGUGUACGGCAUCCAGAGGUUCUGCCGGGACAUCCACCUGAUGCUGGGCUUCAAGCCGGGCCUCUACUUCAGGGCCUGCUGGCUGUUCCUGUCCCCGGCCACGCUCCUGGCCCUGCUGGUCUACAGCAUCGUCAAGUACCAGCCCUCGGAGUACGGCAGCUACCGCUUCCCGGCCUGGGCGGAGCUGCUGGGCAUCCUCAUGGGCCUGCUGUCCUGCCUCCUGAUCCCAGCGGGCAUGCUGGUGGCUGUGCUGCGAGAGGAGGGCUCGCUCUGGGAGCGGCUCCAGCAGGCCAGCCGGCCGGCCAUGGACUGGGGCCCGUCGCUGGAGGAGAACCGGACGGGCAUGUACGUGGCCACGCUGGCUGGGAGCCAGUCGCCCAGGGCCCUGAUGGUGCGCAUGCGCAGGUACGGAGGCGUCACCAGUUUCGAGAACACGGCCCUCGAGGUGGACCGCGAGAUCGCCGAGGAGGAGGAGGAGGAGUCCAGGAUGUGAGGCCGGAGCUCCGCGGACCGCAGGCCCCGCCGGCCCCUGGGGGUAGCUGCGCGCCCGGCCCACCGGGGUCCCCAGGGGCCCGAGGCUGUGGGCGAUGCGGCUCCCCAGAGCACAUCCCUCUUUGGGGCCCCCCGCCUCUCCUGGAACCUCUGUCUACCCCCACCCAGGCCUCCUUCACAGACGGACAGACUGACACUGGGGGGCACUCGCCCCCCAGUUAUGUGGCAGAAGGGACCAGACCCCAGGUCCCCUGGCCAGGCAGCUCCCUUUUUCACGGGGCAGCUGGUUCCACCCCUGGGCUCUCCUCAGGGCCCAGCCCCCCUCCUCCUUCUGGGGAGCCCGUCCCACACGCGUUGACAAAGUCAGAAUCUUGAGCUGGGCGCGGGCACUUGGGCUGUCACGAGGCCCACAGGGCCCAGGCAUCAAGGGUCCACAGCCCUGGUGAGAGAAAGAUGCCCGUGUGCUGACCGGUUUCCCAAGGGCCUGGACGGUGGGCGAACUGGAGAAAGGACGUGGAGGGCAGGGUGGGCCGGCCUCCGGCCAAGGCGCUGACCCAGCCAAGGUGCGGGGGUCAGAACCUCGCCGCCUUCUCCGCCCCUGGGGUCAGGAGGCGGCCUGGGCGAGUCCAAGGGCAGGGAGCAGGGAGAGUGGGGAGGAGAGGUGGUACCGGCUCCAACAGGGCUCCCGCGGGCUGGAGACGGUCGGGGAGAGAGCCAGGCACGUGCGAGAUCACGUGCUUUAGAAAGCGCGUCCUGGGUCAGUGUGCCGCGUGGAACAGAGGGAGGGCCCGGGGUGGAGACGGGAAGCCUGCAGAGGGCCGACCCGAGGGCUGGGGCCUGAGCCUGGGUGUCGGGUGGGGACAGAAAGAAGGGGGCCCACAGCUUCCCUCGCUGGACCCCGUGCUGUCCAGAGGGGAGGUGGGCAUGAGCGGCCUGCUCCCCUGGGGCAGCCUCUGUACCGGGUCCUCUCCUGGUCUCCCCAGCCCAUCCGUGCUCUGUCGUCUUAUUGUGAAUAAACGCCAGUGAAGUCCCCUUC